AUGACGGCGCUUUCCAAUACCGAGGACCUCGCCAGCCACCUCCAGUCUGUGCUGCUGGACCUCAACGCCAACCCCUACCCAGACGUCGCGUGUCCACCAAAUCUCCCGAAACGCGCUUCGGUAGCUCUGAUCCUGCGCAUACAGCCCAACUACUCGCACUGGCCCGACAGCUCAGACAGUCCCCUGCCGGCACGGCGCAGACGCUCCUCGGCGGUGAAGCCCAAGGAUGAGUUUGACUUUGAGUCCUCGCUGCGCGCCUUCUUCGGACAGGAAUGGGUCAAGCAUGGCGACCCGGAGCUGCUGUUCAUAAAGCGGGCUACACGAAUUGGCGACAAAUGGAACGGACACGUCGCGCUGCCUGGUGGGAAGCGAGACCCCGAGGAUAGCGACGAUCAAGUGACAGCUGCGCGAGAAGCGCUGGAAGAAGUCGGCAUCGAUCUGGGCCCUGAGCAUGCCAUUGCUGUUGGCAACCUUCCCCAGCGCAUCGUCACGACAAGCUGGGGCAAAGUACCACUCAUGGUACUGUGUCCGUACAUCUACCUCCUGACGUCUCCUUUCUACCCGUCGCAACGCCUGCAGCCCACCGAGGUGGCCUCGUCACAUUGGGUUCCGCUUCGCGCGCUCCUCUCGCCUGCGCUGCGUACGCACGAAUACGCCGAUGUCUCUGCACGUCUGGCAAAGUCGGAGCUGGGCAUCAAGCGCUGGUUCCUGCAGGCGAUGCUGAGCAAGAUGAUGUUUGCGGCCAUCCAACUCGUGCCAGCAAACUCGACACACUGCGCAACCAUUCCAGACUUCAUACCCAUUGACGAGGCACAGGGUGUAUGGAGCAAUAUCAGAGAUGCACUGGCAGGCCCUGGGUCGAGAUGCAAGGACCGGAGGCCACCGCUGCUGCUAUGGGGCUUGACGCUUGGUGUUGUGAGCGACUUUCUCGAGCACAUGCCUCCUCACAAUGCACUGGAGCUAUGGACGUAUCCUACUUUUACCAGCUGGGACGUGCGAUUCAUCCUGUGGGCCAUGUCUUACCGCUUCCGGAAACAAAAGUCUUUGGAAAUGAGCACAGCGACAUCGAGCGGUUCGACAACGACUAGCAACGACACGACGGAACUACCCAUACAGGAUUUCCCGGGAAUAGGCAGCGAAGCGGUUGGGUCGUUGGAAGAGAAGCCAGGCGAGGUGGGCAUAGCUGGACUGGGGGUUGGCAGGGGGUGGGGACAGAGUGGAAAGGCCAAGAUGAUGGCCAGAGGGGCGGCUGUCAACUCGAUGCUUGAGGGAUACUACCCGUGCAUACGACAGGCGGUGACUACGGCACUGGUUGGCAGGAUAUGUGUUGCAGGCCUCGCCGUCUUUUUGACGUGGAGAAAGCUGGGUGUGGGUGCUGGAUGGGUGUAUGGAUAA